AAUUUGACAGUUCGUUUUCGGUACUAAAGGGUGAGACUACUAUAAAAUACCUAACACCUAACUGGGAACGGGAACGGAAUCCUGAAUGAGACAUGCCCUUUCUGUUCUGCAUCCAUUUGUUCUCACCCUCCCACCAUGGCCACGCUCCCUCCAGAGCUCGUGGAAAUCGUUCUUGAAAUACGGUACUCUGGAAUGUCCUCUGUGGUCCGACAGUCCUUCAUGACGACCUUCCCUCGGAUUAAUCGAACAUGGAAAGUCGUUUGCGACUAUAUUGCUUCCCAAAAUAUCUGACGGAAGCACGCCAUACUAACUGGGAAAGGUGUGUAGGGAAAAGUCAAGUAUGCAGUGAAAACUGGUA